AUGGCUUUACAAGAUGUCAGUGGCUUUCAGGACACCCCUAUGUCUCACAUGUGGAAUACUCCUGCCUCACUAUCUGGGCCUAUGGGAGAUACCACUCCUCUCCUGGACAUGGCUGAUGAAAGGAUCCUUGGUUGGGGAAGGUUUAAAUCAUCUGAGAGAGAUGGAGGGGUGCCUCUGCGCUUUUUCAUACCUCCUCCUCAGAGCUCUGUUCCUUUCCGCUGUGACAACAGACACACGUCCCUUUCUUCCCUGUCCACCUCCUCAUCACUGCCCACCCGCCGCCCAUUCCCUUUGUCUCAUGGAACCACUACCCUGGCCUUUGUGUUCCAAGGAGGUGUUAUAGCAGCGGCAGACACACGUGCCAGCUGCUCAGGGCUUGUCGCCUGUCCCUCUGCCCAGAAGAUCCUGCCCAUCCACUCCCAUUUACUGGUCACCACCUCAGGCAGUGGUGCAGACUGCAUGCUAUGGGAGAGAAUCCUGGCCAGAGAGAUCCGCCUUUACCAGCUACGGCACGGCCGCCGCUUGUCAAUUACUGGCUCUGCCAAGCUCCUCUCUCAUAUGCUGCACCCCUUUAAGGGGACUGAUGUGUGUGUGGCAGCUACUCUUUGUGGCUGGGAUCGUUGUGGCCCAAAGCUGUUCUAUGUGUGCAGUGAUGGCACCCGGCUGCAGGGAGAGCUUUUCUCGGUUGGCUCAGGUUCGCCUUAUGCUUACGGAGUGCUGGAUGGAGAGGUGCGGUGGAGCCUGAAUGAGGAGGAGGCUAUCUCAUUGGCCAGAGAAGCUGUGUACAGGGCCACACACAGAGAUGCAUAUUCAGGGAACUGUGUGGACCUUUUCCACAUCACUGCCCAAGGAUAUUGCCGAAGAGACAGGGAGGAUCUGAGAGAGGAGUACCACAGAAAGAGGGAGAGGGUGCUGAAGAGGGGAAAAGAAGAGAGUGAGGAAGAUAAGAAAUAG